CAUGCAGCUUAAAAUAGGCAGCUGGCCCUUACUUCCUCCUGGACCUGCCCAGGGCCUCUGAGGGCAGGCCGGCCUGAAUGGCGGACCUCAGGCUGUGGGCUCUGAACAACUCGGGGGGGAAGGAAGGGAAAAGAAGCAGUGUUCCAUCCCAGGCUGUGGCUUUGGGCAUUUCAGAACCAUAAGGAAGAGCCUGUCCUGGGCUCCUGGCUUACCUAGGCUCUGGGCUCCACUGGCCAGAGGAAGUCUGCCGAUGCCCUGAAGCAGUGCGGCCUCUGCCCCGAGAACACCGGCAGCCAGAAUGCACUGUGGAUCCUGUUGCUGACUGGGGGGCACGUGGGGCGCCUGGGCAGACCUCCUGCUCACCAUGGCAUCGGGUGCUGAGAGCCAGCUGCAGAGGAUUAUCAAAGACUUGCAAGAUGCUGUGAUCGAACUCAGCAAGGAAUUUAAGGAUAUCGGGGAGCCAAUUACAGACGACAGUGCCAACUUACACAAAUUUUCCUACAAACUUGAGUAUCUUUUACAGUUUGACCAGAAGGAGAAGGCCACUCUCCUAGGGAACAGGAAGGACUACUGGGAUUACUUCUGUGACUGUCUAGCAAAGGUGAAAGGAGCCAAUGAUGGGAUCCGCUUUGUUAAGUCUAUUUCAGAGCUCCGGACAUCUCUCGGGAAGGGCAGGGCAUUCAUCCGCUACUCUCUAGUGCACCAGAGACUGGCAGACACCUUGCAGCAGUGCCUCAUGAAUACCAAAGUGACCAGUGACUGGUACUAUGCAAGAAGCCCAUUCCUGAAGCCCAAAAUGAGCUCUGACAUUGUGGGCCAACUGUACGAACUCACAGAGGUCCAGUUUGACCUGGCAUCCAGAGGGUACGAUCUGGACGCUGGUUGGCCAACGUUUGCCAGAAGGACUCUGGCCUGCCUUGGUUCUUCAGCAUAUAUGUGGAAACCCCCAAGUCGAAGUUCCAGCAUGAGUAGUUUGGUGAGCAGCUAUCUGCAGGCUCCAGACUUGGCUUCCAGCUUGGAUAUGAAUAGCUCUUUGAAUGCUGAGGCCCUGGAAGGGUUUGAUGAAAUGCGUGUGGAGCUGGACCACUUAGAGAUAAGGGAGAAGGAGCUACAAGACCGUGUGCAGCAGCUGGAGAGGGAGAACCAGGAGCUGAGGAAGGCCACGCGGGCCCAGGCAGAGCAGGAGACGGGCCUGGCAGAGGAGCGUGCCCAGCUCACCCAAAGAGUGGCCGAGCUCCAAAAGGAGUGUGAAAUCUCUCAGGACACUCGGGGCACCAUACAGGAGCUGCAGAAAUGUCUGAAGGCGCUGGAGCUGGGUACGACUGAACAUAAGAAAGAAUACCACUCGGCCCUGCGGCACCUCGAGUCCAAGUUAGAGCCCCUCGUGCAGCAGCUGGAGAGCGCCUGGGCUGCCCUCGCCACCAAAGACGUGUACAUCGCUGACCUGCGGGCCAUGCUGGCCACAGCUGAGCAGAGAGCCCCAGGAGCCUCCCGGGACACCCAGGAGCCAGCAGCAGAGCAGGUAGCAGAACUGGAGAGGUUGACGAGGGAGUUGCGGCUAAAGGAGGAGGCCCUCGUGGAGCUUGAGGCCAAGCUCAGCCUCCUGACCUCUAGCUCCCAAGAAGAGAACGGGAAACUGCUCAGGGAUUUGGAGGGACUAGUCAGGGAGAUGGAACCCCUGAGGGAGGAGCUCUCAACCAAAGGGAAGGAGCUGACUGACCUCCAGCGCCAGCUGGCAGAGUCCCAGGCCAUCUCCAGGACCCUUGAAAAGAAGCUGGAAGAGUUAAGAACAGAAGAGAGGCAGCAUCUUGAGGAGCACAAUCGGGAGAGGGAGACACUGGAGCGGGAGAACCAGGCCUUGACUGGGCAGCUCCGGUUCCUAGAUGCCCAGCUGGCCCAGGUGAACCAGCAGGCCAGGGACCUGGAGGAGCAGAACCAGCAGCUGCUGGGCGAGCAGGACCGCCUCCUCCAGAAGGCUGGGGACCUGGAACAUCCUGUCGAGAGGCCCAAGAGCCAGGAGCUGAGCUCAGGAGACUCCCUUUUGCUUCAGGCCAGAAAGAGACCUGAGAAGGAAGAUGAGGAGCCACGGGAGGCCGGCGCUUCCUCAGAUAUAGCGGAAGUGGCCCCAGCCCAGGCUUCCAAGGGCCAGCUCCAGGCCCCAGCAUCUGUCUGUGAGAUGGAGGAGAAGCUCCAGUUGGCAAACAGAGAGCCAGAUGAGGCACUCAAGAAUGCCCUCCGCAGGAACGAGAUCCUUGAGGACAAGCUCAAGGCCCUCCAGGUGGACUAUGAGGACCUGAGGCAGCGAGAGGCGGCCAUCAAGGGUUCUCUGGCCUCUCUGGAAGCCGAGCAGGCCAGCAUCCGCCACAUUGGUGACCAAAUGGAGAAGAGCCUCUUGGCCGUGAAGAAGGCCAAAGAGACAAUGAGGGCCCAGGUGGCCGAGAAAGAGGCGGCCAUUCAGAGCAAGGAGGAGGAGUGCCGGUGGCUGCGGGCAGAGCUAGACAGGUACCAGAGUCGAAUGGAGGCCCAGGAGGAGGAGAUGAAGGGCCUGAGGAGCAUGUGCCAGUCUCAGGGCCUCGGUCUGGAAGAGAGCAUCAUGGAGAAGGCCCAGCGGGAACAGAGCCCAGAUGAAGGGACGCAGGAGCCGGCCUCCCACCUGGUGCUGGUGCAGAAGCAGCUGGAAACCCACCAAGAUGAGGCAAGGCAGGGUCAGGCAGAGGUGGCCAAGCUCCGCACCCAGCUGCAAAAGGCCCUUGAUGGCCAAGAGGAAGCUCAGGUCCGGCUUGGCCUGGUAGAGACCCUCCUGGAGGAGAGCAGAAGCUUGACCCAACAGCUGAAGGAGCAGAAUGAAGGCCUCAACCGGAUGCACGUCCAAGAGCUGCUGCAGUGCGCUGAGAGGGAGCGGGUCCUGAGGGAAGAAAGGGAUGGAGAGGCCCAACACAGGGCCGAGCAGGAGAGAGAGCUCCAGGCUCUCCACGAAGACUUGUCCCGGGCCAGACAGAUUGCUGAGAUGGCUCAACUGGAGAGAGCCGAGGUCCAGGAACAGCUCCACCGGGCCAACACGGACAUGGCCGAGCUGGGCAUUCAGGUUUGUGCCCUGACGGCAGAGAAGGCGCAGGCUGGGGAAAAGCUUAGGGAGGCCGAGGAGAGGGCCUCCAGGGAGUGGGAGGGCCUCCAGCGGGACGUGGAAGGGCUCAGGCAGGAAAGGGAGAGCCUGCAUGAGAAGCUGAAGGUGGCCCAGGACAGCGCCCGAGCCCUGGCAGAGAGCCAAGCCCAGAGUGUGCGGGAGGCCAGCCAGGAAGAACUCUCCACAGUGAAGUUCCAGCUGAGCACCGAGAUCAUGAACUGCCAGGCCAAGUUCAAGGCAGCCAGUGAAGAAUGCCACAGUCUCCGGGGCCAGCUGGACGCGACCGAGGCGCAGCUGAGGGUGGUCCAGGAGGAGGCUGCAGGGCUCAAGGCCGCCGGAGCGGGUCUGGGGAAGGAGCUGGCACAGGUGACCGAAGAGCUGGCCAAGUACCGCACCACGGCCGUGAGGAAGGAGGAGGAAGUCGCAGCCCUGAACGCACGCUUGGAAAGGUCCCAAGAGGAGCUCGGCCGGUCAGAGGCGGCGCGCCAGGAGUGCAGCGACAGGCUCAGGCACGAGGCGGCCGCGUGGGAGAAGAGCGAGCAGCAGCUGCUCGCCGACCUGGACGACCUGAACAAAACCAAGAGAUACCUCGAAGAACGGCUCAUCGAGCUGCUCAGGGACAAGGAUGCUCUUUGGCAAAAGUCCGACGCGCUGGAAUUCCAGCAGAAACUCAGUGCCGAAGAACGGUGGCUGGGCGACACGGAGGUGAACCACUGCCUGGACUGCAAGAGGGAGUUCAGCUGGAUGACCCGGCGGCACCACUGCAGGAUCUGCGGGCGCAUCUUCUGCUACUACUGCUGCAACAACUACGUCCUGACCAAGCACAGCGGCCGCAAGGAGCGCUGCUGCCGGGCCUGCUUCAGGAAGUUCACCGAAGGUGCCGCCGGCUCCCCGGACAGCUCCGGCUCAGCCGCCUCCCCGGGGGACCCCCCUUCAUCGCCAUCGAAGGUGGUGGGUGAUCAGGCCUGCGCAGUCAGAGGGGCGCCUCCGGAUUCCAGAGCCCCGGACGAUGCGGUGUUUGACAUCAUCACCGACGAAGAGCUGUGCCAGAUACAGGACUCCGGCUCCCUCCCCGAAACGCCCUCCGAAAUGGACUCCCUGGACCAAAGCGUGGCUGAACCGGAUAGCACCUCCAACUCUUUAACACCGGAUGACCCUGAGGACAUGCCAGUGGGUCAGGAUGCUGAAAUUUGCUUGCUGAAGUCUGGAGAGCUGAUGAUAAAAUUACCCCUCACAGUGGACGAGAUCAUAAAUUUUGGAGAAGGCAACAGAGAGCUGUUCAUUAAGUCCAGCACCUACAGCAUCAUCCCCAUCACUGUGACAGAGACUGGCCUCACCAUCAGCUGGGUCUUCUCUUCUGAUCCCAAAAGCAUCUCGUUCAGUGUGGUCUUCCAGGAGUCUGAGGAUGCCGCCCUGGACCAGUGCAAGGUCCUAAUUCCCAUGACCCGUUGCAAUUCCCACCGGGAAAACAUCAAAGGUCAGCUGAAGGUCCGAAAUCCGGGGAUUUACAUCCUGAUAUUCGACAACACCUUUUCUAGGUUCAUCUCCAAAAGAGUCUUUUAUCACCUGACAGUUGACUGGCCUGUGAUCUACGAUGGAAGUGAUUUUCCUUAAAUUCAAAUCCUUGCGAUCUCCACCACAUUACUUCAUCCACAGGAAACACUACGCUUAUUUAUGUAUCACUUAAACACUAAAGGAAAGAAACAAAGCCUAGCAGUUCCCCAAUUCCCCGGUUUUAAAGGUGGCGCGUCUCAGACAGGAACCCCUUCUAACAUUUAAGGACCUCAGCUCAGGCACGGCCUUUUGGGGGUUGGAGAUCAAGAGCCAAUGAAAGGGAAUUUUCCAGAGGGAUUUCCUUGAGUCUGCCGUGCUUAGAUACUUAGAAGCGAUGGGCUCCUGUUUAAAAAGCUGGGGGUGGGUCUAGGGGGACUGCUGGAGCGGGCUGAAGAGAGAAAAACUACGCAUGGCCGCCAUUAGCAGCAGUUUGUAGCCGACCUCUUCCUCGGCAACAACUUGUUCAUGGACUCGACUGUGCGCACCAUGCCGUGGGCUGCUGUUUCUUUUCUUGCUCUUUUUAAACACCGAGGAAAUAAAUCAGCCAAGGCGGCCAUCAGAAUGAUGGCUGCUCUAAGAUAGGAAAACCAGUUGAAUUCAGCCAGUCCUGAUUAAACACCAGCAAUGGGCAGGGCUUGCCCGGGGCUGAAAAGACAGAGAUGAAAAGGAACCAGCCCCUGCCCUCAGAGAGCUUUCAGUGUGAUGUUAGCAUGGAGACGGUGACAGGGGAGACUUCUGAGUGCAGUCUUCAGCCCCGUCCCAGCUCUUCUCCUCCCCAUUGGGCGGAGAGCUUGGCCUGAGGGACCUGUAGCCCUGCUGCCCUUCUUCCCAAGCUUCUCUGACCACACCUGCGGCUCCUCAGUUGAGCAAACAGGUGCUUGGCUGGCCCUUAUGUCUCAGUCACACCAUUAUCGGUGGGGCCACAGACGUAAGUGUUGAUUGUGAAGACGAGCAAACGGUCAGACCGGCCGAGCCCUGGGCCCUCACUGAGCAGAAGCCUGCUGAUGGGGAAGAAAAAAGAACAAAGUCUUGCAUUUAUUUGACAUCAUGCCUCUUCCCUGAGUGCUUUUGGAGGACCCAGGAAGACCUUUUACCUCGAAUAGAGGUUUUAUUACCAAACUUUUUUUAAACUAAGAUUGGUCCCCAAUACUAAAUGCAAACCCUUUUGUGGAAAUCCAAGCACAUUUUCAUUUACUGAUGAUUAUAACCAAAGGAGAGUUCCAGUUCCAAAAGCAAUAGUUGUUCAUAAAGAAUGUUUUUUUUGAGAACAGAAGUAGAAGCCUCAAUAUAAUCCAUGAAUUUAUUGCACUCGUAUUCUAGCCCUGACACUUAUAUAGGAAGUAUAUAAUUUGCAACAUCAUAUUUUUUUUCUUUGUCCCCAUUUCACGACGUUUGAAGAGCUCCGUUUGAGGAGAUGGCUUACUUAGGGUGUGUAGAAUUUUUAAUAUUGCCAUGGAUGGGCAAUCAGAUUGAAAAUGAAUGGCACUUUAUGGUAUCCAGAGGGCUGCCCAAAUCAUGCUCCGAGUUUAGCAGCAUAUUUAUUUUUCUGUACAGGAAACGCCUUGUACUAGAAAGAGGACACUAUUCAGAGAGUAGCUUUUUCAUGGAUUCCCAAGAGUGGAGACACUGUACUAUGCAAAGAGAGCUCGUAACGGAGGUGUGGCUUGAAGCUGUGUUAACCCUUUAAUUUACCGUUAGAUUGCCAAUUGACUAGGUGCUACGGGUUUGGCUUUGUUGUAUAACUGAGAGAAAUUGAAUGUUUAGUCCGGCGAUGCCCCACUGACUAAAAACAACAGGCAGCAUCCUUGGGAUUUCAGAGGACAAUUUUGAAAGAAGAUCAGCGUCUGAUUGCAAAGCAUCCUGGGAGGAAGAUAGCUCAUUUUGUAAAUCCCAAGGGCACUUGGCUGUCCGCUGCAUUGAGGCCAUUCAAGCUCCCCGCUCCAAGACCCAGGCAUGCUCUGCUCCACACCAGUUAGCCUGUCUCGUUGUUGAAAGCACUUUAUGAUUAGAGCACUGGGGCUUCCGAAAGAUUAGAGGAAGCCCUACCUUUCUCUGCUCCAGAAACCUGAGACCUAAUCGGUCCAUUGGGCCUAAAAAUGGAAGAGGGAGUAAUGUGUGAAUAUGAAAGAGUAAGAUGGAUCUUUCCAUCUCCCUUGGGGUCAGCAGUCCCGCUCCUCUGCAGUGUUCCCAGACUGGGUCCUACUCAGAGUGCUGGGAGAAAUGACAGCGAUGACUGAAGCAUGAGGCGCAGACGGUGGCAAAAGGCCCACGCCAGCAUUCAAUUGAGAAGCCAUGCUUUAAGCCAUGUUUUCCUUGUUACAGCCCUAAGUGGUUUCAUAUAGAAGUUUCUGUAUGGCCUCUACGCUUUAGUGCCCAUAGACCAGGGGCAGCUGGGUGGCUCGGGAUUGAGAGCCAGGACUAGGUCCUGGGCUAAAAUCUGGCCUCAGACAAUAGCUGUAUGACCCUGGGCAAGUCACUUAACCUCCAUUGCCUAAACCUUACCGCUUUUGACUUGGAACCAAUGCACAGUAUUGAUUCCAAGAUGGAAGAUAAGGGUUUAAAUUUUUAAAAAUAACAAUCAUCCCUAUUUUCUGUCUUAGUAUCAAUUCUAAGAGCAGCCAGGACUAGGCAAUUGGGGUUGAGUGACUUUCCCAGGGUCACACAGCUAAGAAGUGUCUGAGGUCAGAUUUGAACCCAGGUCCUCUAGCUACUCUACUACCUAGCUGUAUCUCCCCCCCACCAAUAGGUCCUUAAUUCCCUUCAUCUGCCCAAGGCAUCAUGCUAGGGCCUGGCGGUACCAAGGCAAAAUGAAUCGCCCUCAAGAAGUUGAUGUUGACUUCAGCGAUAAUGUCUGUCCUGGAGGGAGCAUUAGCAGCAUGUCUUUCCAAGGUCUGUUUUAUCGGGGGUCAGUGGGGGGGGGUAGCAAAAAAGAAGCUUCGCUGUCCAGGUGACUCCUGAUCCGAGCCUCAAAGCCAGGUAGGGUGCUUAGCGAUCAGAUGGGGCCGGGUCACGGGGCCCUGAAAUCCAGGUGUCAAAGAGACGCUUUUCCUUGGCGAAGCCUUCAGCGGGCUGUGCUCCGUUUCACCGUUUGCGGUGGGUUCUUCCAAAAGGCAGGAGAAACUCCAAGGCGUGUUCUUUAGUCUUUCAAAAUCCUUUUAAAAACACCGAGGGAGGAGAGGGCGCCACGUGGGACGGGUGGCCAGGCCCUUCCACACGCGUCACCCAUUAUCCAAAGGGGGGGGUCGUAGGCGUCGCUGCACCGCCGGCACCCACAUCCUGGAAUUGUGCGUGAGCGAGACUAGCCUUCCGGGGGCUCCGGCCAAGGCAUCGCCUCAGCAAAGCUGCACCCAACAUGGACGCCACCCCAAGCCACGCGCUGGGGGGAGAGAUUCUCGUCACCGGAGCAUACUCAUUUCUAAGCGAGAUAUAUAUAUAUAUAUAUAUAUAUAUAUAUAUAUGCACACACUGCACCGUGUGGGGUGCUUCAUGCUUUCUGGCUUUUGGGUUCUUAUCUCAGGAAUUUCAAUUAAAAGGAGAAAAUGCUCUUCA